CACUAUAUAUUAACUUGGGCGACACGUAGUGUUCAGAAUGAUUCAGGAAUCAUCAAAAUGAUUCAAAUGUAUCGUAUUACAAUGAUUUGACAAUCAAAGCAUGAUCGUAAGAGUCCACAUUUUUUAGAUCGAUAGGGUCAUAUCAAAGCAAGAAAAGUAAGCUCCGCCCCCCACAGCCGUAAGCACUCCCGCGGAAGGGGACACACUUUCUCUUAGGGAUACUGACUUGACACGGCAGGGGCUCCCCAACAGCAGCAAAGGCAGACAUGGAUUCCCUCGGCAGGUCCUGGCUGCUGCUCACCGGCUUCGUCCUCUUCUACUUCACCUACCUCCUCUUCGGAGCUCUGGUCUUCUCCAGCAUCGAGCGGCCGGUCGAGGAGGAGCUGCGCCGCGACUUGGACGCCCUCAAGCGGAGCUUCCUCAACCAUAGCUGCGUCUCCGCCGCCGACCUGGAGCUCUUCGUGUCCCAGGUGCUGUCCGCCAACAGGUACGGCGUCACGGUGCACAGGAACUCCUCCGGCCCGUCCAACUGGGACCUGACCUCGGCUAUGUUCUUCGCCAACACGCUGGUCACCACCGUGGGUUAUGGUCAAACCGCUCCUCUGUCCGACACUGGGAAGAUCUUCUCCAUCGUCUACGCUCUGAUCGGCGUGCCGUUCACCAUGCUGGUGCUGACGGCCUGCGUCCAAAGGUUGAUGUACCCGCUGGUCCUUGCCCCCCUCGGCCUCCUGCAGCGUUUGGGCCUGAAGCCUCGGCCGGCCGCCGCCGUCCACUUCCUGCUGCUGCUAGUGUUGGUGGUGCUGUGCUUCUUUGUGGCGCCGGCGGCCAUCUUCAGUGUGGUGGAAGGCAAAUGGUCCUUUCUGGACGGUUUCUACUUCUGCUUCAUCUCGCUGUGCACCAUCGGGUUGGGGGACUUUGUCCCCGCCAUGCAGCCUGAGCAGAACCUCAAGGAGGUGUACCAGAUCACUGUCAUGGUCUACCUCUUCCUAGGCUUAAUGAUGAUGUACCUGCUGCUGCGCACCUUUCACAAAAUGUCCGACCUGCACGGCCUGACCACCUUCCUGCAGCUGCCGCGCUGCGAGGAGUCUGACCUGGACGAAGACCGCGAACCCAUCAUGGAGAACCAGCAGGGCGACCAGAAGCGCUCACAGCACACGCAGCAGGCCGCCAGCGAGCAUCUGGAGCCCGCCUCGCAGCCGUCCUACAACUCCAUCAGCACCAGAUGAGGCGUGGAGACGAGAGGGAAGCUCUAACUAGGACUAUGGACACCACCUAAGCGAGACUACGCCACUGAAUGUGGAGUCUUGACUGGAACAUUUCUGUCUACGCUUCAUUGAGGUGAGAACUUUACACUUUACUCCACAGCCUCAGGAUGGCCUCACACCAAAUGACUUUUGUCUUUCUUAUACCGUAUGUGCCUGUCAAAAUACAUUUUUGUUGUACUUGGUGGGUGCUAUCUAAGACUCCCCACAGCUGUAGUGGAAUGACAAUGUGGUGCUGCCCCCUGGUGUUUGAUAGCAUGUACUGCAUUUCCUGAUUUGGAAAUUUGAAUUGGGAGACAAUUCAAAUUUAAUGAUGUGGAUUUAGGGCCAAGAUGCUGAGAAGUGUGGAAUGAACACUCGAGAAGCACUUUAAUGUUUACAUGUUUUAAUAAGAGAUUGUAACCUAAUGUAAUAUAACCCACUUGUUCUUUUCAAUGUUGUAGAUGUGAUGUCAUAAAUAAAAAUGUUUGCUCACUGAAUA